AUGAGGGUGCCACUCCAUGUCCAUGACUCCCCACUGUCACAACACAACUUCUUCCCCCUUCCAGGCCCUGAGAAUGCACCAAGACAGGCCGACAGCCCUGCACAGGAGGAGGAGGAGGAGGUGUUGUGGGAGAAGAUUGAGAGUGCGCGGCACCAGCUGACCCGAUCCUUGAACCCAGCAAAGCUGACGCCCUACCUGCGCCAGUGCCGUGUGAUAGACGAGCAGGAUGAGGAGGAGGUGCUGAGCUCAUGCAGGUUCCCAUGCAAAAGCAAUCGCACAGGACACUUGAUGGAUAUCCUUCGAUGUCGAGGAAAGCGAGGCUAUGAAGCCUUCCUAGAAUCCCUGGAGUUUUAUUACCCAGAGCACUUUACUCAGCUGACAGGGAGGGAGCCAGCGCAGCGCUGCUCUAUUAUCCUAGAUGAGGAGGGCCCUGAGGGUCUGACCCAGUUCCUCAUGUUGGAGGUGAAGAAGGUGAGGGCACAAAGGAAAGAGCACCUGGUGAGAGAGCACCAGUUAAAGGUGAAGAACCAGGCCUUGGAGGAGGAGCAGACGCGGUUGAGGCAGAAGCUGCAGGAGCUGCUGAAGGUGCAGGAGCGAUGCCAGAGGCUGCGGGAGGAGUGGGAAUCCAACAGCAUGGAGCUGCUGCGGCUGAAGGAUGAGAACUACAUGCUGGCCAUGCGCUAUGCACAGCUAUGUGAGGAGAAGAACCUGGCCGUGCUGCGGAGCCGGGACCUGCAGCUGGUGGUGGACCAGCUGAAAUGUAAAGUUAGCAGCCUGGAGGAGGAGUGCAGGCUGCUGAGGAAACAUGUGUCCGCUGGGCCCCAGCAAGAGGCAGAGGAACGGGGUCAGCCUGACACAAUGCCUGAGCUGCAGGCCGAGAACCAGAGGCUGAUGGCCUCACUCCAGGAGCUGCAGAGCAUGCUGCAGGCAGCGAAUGAGGCCCAGGUGCCGGGCUCCCAGCGGAUCCUCCUGGACAUUCUGGAGCAUGACUGGAAGGAAUCACAGGAUGAACGGCAGGAGUUGUGCCAGAAGCUCCACUCCGUGCAGAACGAGCUGCAGAGGGCUGAGGAACUAAGGGAUAAGUACCUGCAGGAGAUGGAGAACCUGCAGCUGAAGCACCAGACUCUGCAGAAAGAUUGUGAUCUGUACAAACACCGGAUGAACACGGUGCUGUCUCAGCUGGAGGAGAUCGAGAAGGAGAGGGAUCAGGCUAUCCAGAACCGAGACAGGGUGCAGCUGCAGUACUCCCAGAGCCUAGUCGAGAAGGACCAGUACCGCAGACGGGUUCGGGCCCUGGAGGAGGAGAGAGAUGAGCUUCGGAGCAAAUUCAGCCAGGUGGAGGGUGUGGAGAGCACUCUAGAGGCACAGCCGCAGCAAUGCCAAGGCAACCGGGAUGUGGGCAUGACGGUGGGCACCUCCUCCUACUCCCUCCACUCCAACAUAAGCAGCACCUGGAGCCUGAGUGAUAACCCCUACCCACUGGGGAAUGGAGUCAUGGACACGCUGGGUGUCCCCGCCAUCACCUUUCCAGGGGACUCCAUGCACUACAGCAUGGAGGUGACUCCAGAGAGCGAGAAGGACAUUAACCGCCUUUCCACCUUCCCCUUCCCGCCCUGUGCUGGCUCCAUCCUCCGACGGCAGAGGGAAGAUGGAUCCGUGCCCUUCAAAAGCCUGUCCUGUGGGUCUUUUGGCAGCAUGGAGGACAUCACAGGGAGUGUGAGCACUACUGUUUCAUCGGCCGGUCUCUCCUCCCUUUCCAGCAGUGCAUGCACCAGGAUGAAGUCGGAGAUCUGCUUGUCCACCAUCUCUGACCAGAAGGAGCUCAUCAGAUCCCUGGUGGUGCAGCUGUCUAGCAUGGAUCACCUGACCAACCUAGUGCCCCAGCACAGGGGGCUUGGAGGGGACAUCUCCAUCCUGGGGGGGAACAGAACAGGGAUUUAUGUCCAGUGGGUGAAGCCAGGUUCAGAAGCUGAGAGUACAGGACUGUGCGAGGGCUGCCGGCUCCUAGAGCUCAGGGGGACUUUGCCCAAUGGGCAGGUGCUGUCCCUGGAAAACUGCACACGGGAGGUAGCUUACCUGAGCCUGCUGCACUGGGAUGACCCAGCUAGUCUCAUCUUCUUGCCUGACAUGCAAGGGUACCAGCCUCUCAAGGAGGCCCUAGAAGAAGGGAAGAAAGUGACUGGAGACUCCUUCUAUGUGCGUACCAAUCUGACCUUCCUGGAGCAGUCUGACCCCUGCUCCCUAUGCGUCAAGUGUCAGGAGAUCCUGCAUGUCACUGACACCAUGCACAGGGGGCGGCUGGAGUGGUACUGUGCCCGCGUUGACCCACUGACACUGCGGGACCUGGACAAGGGAACAGUUCCUAAUUACAGCAGGGCUCACCAGCUUUUGAAGGUACAGGAGAAAGGCCAAGUACCAGGGCAGCAGAGGGGCUGCAGGAGUAAUCUGAAGAAACGGACCCUGGGCCAGCUGCGGCUGGUGAAAUCCAAACCGCCCAGGGAGCCUCCUCCGCAGCUGCUGCUGGACCCCUGCCCAGACCCAGACAGGAGCCCAAAGCCCUACAGCCUUGUGCGUCCCCUGGUGGUGGAGGCCCCUCGCCCGGUGGUGCUCUCCCCUGACUGCAUAGCCCCCAGGCUCAUCAGGAACCUAUUGGACCUGCCUACCUCGCGCCUGGACUUUCACCUGUGCCCAGCUGGUGAGCAGGAGCAAUCAGAGACCCUGGCUAAGGACGAGCCAGCUGCUACCCCUUCCCAGGAGAACUGUGUGGCUCCAGGUUCCCUCCAGCACCAGAGGGAGAGCAGGAGGAUCCGCACCAUCCAGGAGUGCAUCAGAAAGAAUAAACACUGCCUGCUGGAGCUGGGCCUCCAGAGGGUGAGGGAUCUAAUUAAAAGUGAAAUAUACCCCAUCAUUAUCCAUGUGGAGGUCACUGAGAAGAACGUCAGGGGAAUCAGGAGCUUACUGCGGAAGCCAGGCCAGCGGGACUCUGAUGUGGUGAAGCUUUGCCAGAGCGCUGAACAGGCUCUCCACGCCCUGCCCUGCUCAUGGGCCUGUGUGGAUGCCCAGUCCUGGUGCCAUGCUGAGGAGCUGGUGAAAGUAGUGCGACGCUGCAUCUUCCAGGAGCAGAACAAGGUCGUGUGGGUUGAGGAUGGCGAGCUGUGAUCCCACACCUGGCAGAGCUGGGGCCGUGUCUUCAUGUUGGGAGGCUCCUUAUGAGGGAGAGGGGCACUAGCUUCCUUUCCCAGGGGCGGUGCCUGGAGCACACUUGGCUUCUUUCCUUCAUCCCCACACUGUUUCUGAAACAGCAUGCCACUUCUCCCUGAUCAGAUGCAGGGGCAUGUCUUGCCAUCAGUGGAGGUCUGGAAGGACAAGGUGGCCCCUCAUGUGUCAGGGAGUUGGGCCCACUUCAGGCUGCUUAGAGACUGGCCAGGAUGGAGGUAACAUGGGGGUAACAUGCAGACUCGGACUCCUUUCCCUUCAUGUCCAGGUUUAGUGGAGGGAUUUUCUUCAGAAUUUCCUCACAGCUGGUAGCUGCUGCUCCCCAAGAAGUGCUCUUGGCAUCCAGACCCUCUGUAUGGCUCAGUCAUUUGGAGAAUCAGACGAGGGGAACAGAGGUGUGUGUGUGUGUGUGCGUUCUCCUACUCCCUUUGCCCAGCAUGGCUCUCUAUGGCAUCCUGUCUACCUCAGCUGAUGUCCCGAUGGAAGCGGAGGUGGUACACAUGCCCUGCCACAGGCAGAGUGACACUACUUGGAGUUUGUCAGGCAUCCUCAGUGGGUGGUAAUUGUAAUCGUUAUG